AUGUUGGUAGAAUUAGGAAUCCAAUCCGUGGAGAUCUUGGGAGAUUCCAUGCUUGUCUUAAAACAAAUUGCUGGAGAAUACAAGUGUCUAAAUCCUUCCUUGGCUGUAUAUCUAGUAGCAGCUAGAAAUCUGUUGACAGAAUUCAGAGAAGCUACUUGGGAACACAUCCCAAGGGAAGAGAACUUUGCAGCCAAUGAACUGGCUCAGGUAGCAUCAGGCAUACAAAUGCCCGAAGACUGCGUCCAAAGGAUCAUCAAGAUAGGAAGAAAGAGUCUACCGUCAGUUCUGACCAGAGGAAUGGAGAUAGAGGUCAAUUCUGCCUUGAUCACUAAAGACGAUUGGAGGGGGCCUAUCAUGACUUACUUGCAGUAUCCCACUCUGCCCUCUGAGAGAAGAGUGAGAAUCAUGGCUACAAACUACCUCAUGUGGAAUGAAGAUUUGGUCCGAAAAAGUAAAGAUGAGGUGCUAUUAAGGUGCCUCGGAAAGACAGAAUAUAUGAAAGUCAUGGGAGAAACCCAUGAGGGGAUCUGUGGAGCUCACCAAGGAGGAAGAAAGAUGUGCUGGUUAAUUAGAAGGUAUGGCUACUUCUGGCCAACCAUGUUGAAGGAUUGCAUCAAUUAUUCCAAGGGAUGGGAUGGGCAAUGGAUCUCAUUGGCAAAAUCUAUCCAGCCAGCAGCCAGCAGCCAGCAGCAUUGUUUUAUCAUUGUUGCUACAGACUAUUUCACCAAAUGGGUAGAGGCCAAGCCAAUCAAAACCACAACUUCUCAAGAGAUCAUCACCUUUAUAGAAGAACAGAUCAUACAAAGAUUCGGCAUUCCAGAAUCAAUCACAACUGAUAGGGGUUCUUCUUUCAUAUCUAGGGAUAUGCUAGAUAUGGCAGAAGCAUUCAAAUUCAAACUACUUCAGUCCACCCCCUAUUAUGCUCAAGCUAAUGGACAGGCAGAAUCAAGUAACAAGGUGAUUAUCAAUAUCAUCAGGAAAAUGUUGGAGAAGAAUCCAAAACAGUGGCAUGAAAAGUUAUCAGAGACUUUGUGGGCAUACAGAACUUCCAAAAGAGAAGCAACUGGCAUGACUCCCUAUGCUCUAACCUACGGCCAUGAUGCAAUUCUGCCUAUGGAGAUAGCAGUCCAAUCUCUUAGAAUUGCUCACCAGCACCAUCUCACAGGAGAAGACUACUCUCAAGCCAUGUUACUUGAAUUAGAAGAAUUGGAUGCAAGUAGGAUUGACACCCUCAACAAACUCUUGGCAGGAAAACAGGCUGUAUCAAGAGCAUACAAUAAAAGAGUUAAAGACAAAAGUUUUGAAGAAGGAGAGAUAGUCUGGAAGGCAAUUCUGCCCCUUGGAACACACAUAGCUGGAUACGGAAAAUGGUCACCUACAUGGGAAGGUCCUUUUGUGAUUAACCAGAUCCUCGGAAUGGGGGCAUAUAGGUUGCAGGACAGAGAUGGAGUUAUUCACAAUGCCCCAAUCAAUGGCAAAUGGUUAAAGAAGUUCCACCCAACCAUGUGGGAUUCACAAGCUAUGCAGACAGACCCCGGGAUAGAGAGAGAGCAAGGCUAA